AUGGGUGCCCCGUCCAACGGCUCCAAGACGGCACAUUCUAAGGUUGCAACCGGAGGAGGUCAUGCCAACACGCAGACCUCCAGCAAGCGUUCCAGCAGUGGAGCCGACGGUGACUACCAGCUGGUGCAGCAUGAGGUGCUCUACUCCCUGUCCGCACAGUAUGAGGUCCUAGAAUUCCUCGGUCGCGGCACCUUCGGGCAGGUGGUAAAAUGUUGGAAGAAGGGAACGAGCGACAUCGUCGCCAUCAAGAUCCUGAAGAACCAUCCGUCCUACGCGCGCCAGGGCCAGAUCGAGGUGUCGAUCCUCAGCCGACUGAGCCAGGAAAAUGCGGACGAGUUCAACUUCGUGCGCGCGUUCGAGUGCUUCCAGCACAAGAACCACACCUGCCUGGUGUUCGAGAUGCUGGAGCAGAACCUGUACGAUUUCCUCAAGCAGAACAAGUUCUCGCCCCUUCCGCUGAAGUACAUCCGGCCCAUCCUGCAGCAGGUUUUGACUGCAUUGUUGAAGCUGAAGCAGCUGGGCUUGAUCCAUGCCGAUCUGAAACCCGAGAACAUCAUGCUGGUUGAUCCCAACAGACAACCGUAUCGCGUGAAGGUAAUCGAUUUCGGUUCGGCAUCGCACGUCAGCAAAACGGUGUGUAACACGUACCUGCAGUCGCGCUACUAUCGCGCACCGGAAAUCAUCCUCGGUCUGCCGUUCUGCGAGGCGAUAGACAUGUGGUCGCUCGGUUGUGUGGUGGCGGAACUGUUCCUGGGUUGGCCCCUGUAUCCCGGCUCAUCUGAGUAUGAUCAAAUCAGGUACAUAUCGCAGACACAGGGUCUACCGACUGAGCACAUGCUGAACAGUGCCAGCAAGACGGCAAAGUUCUUCUACCGGGACGUUGAUUCGACCUAUCCCUUCUGGCGGCUGAAAACACCGGAAGAGCAUGAGGCUGAGACGAACAACAAGAGCAAGGAGGCGCGCAAGUACAUCUUCAAUUGCCUGGAUGACAUCGGACAGGUGAAUGUGCCGACUGAUAUCGAGGGUGGACAGCUGUUGGCAGAGAAGACCGAUCGUCGGGAGUUUAUCGAUCUGCUGAAGCGGAUGCUUACGAUCGAUCAGGAGCGACGCAUUACACCCGGUGAGGCGUUGAACCAUUCGUUUGCGACUCUCGCCCAUCUGGUGGAUUAUGCCCACUGCAACAACGUUAAGGCCUCGGUGCAGAUGAUGGAGGUGUGCCGCCGUACGGAUUCGAUGAUCCACACAUAUAACCUGAGCGUGCAGCCAACGACCGCCACACUGGUGACGAACUUUGUGCCGAACACGACGGAGAACAUGACGAUCACGUUCAACAACCAGGUGCCGCGGAUUGUGCGCGAACGAGCGCCAACGUACGAUAACCAUCUCUAUCAGAUCUACGGUGGACGGAACGUGGGCCGUCAGUACAGCAACGCACGUCCGGAUGCUUUUCCGCACCAGCUGGUAUCGAGUAUUCUGUGCCCACCGGGCUACCAGACGAUGCCAAGCCCGACCAAACACGUUGUCGUCGGUGGUACGUCGAUGCAGCCUCCACUGCAGGUACCUCCGCAGCAGUACGUGAACGUACCGGUGCCCGUGUCCAUGGUGGAACCAUCCUCCGGUCAGCGGAUGCUGCUUACGAAUGCGGUGCAACCGAACGUGGCCUGGCCGCAAUCGGGACGGCAGGUCGCAAUCGUACCGUCCUGGUCACAGCAACCCGGUCCAGCUCAUUCGCUGAUCGUCGAUUCCGCGCCGUUCCUGAAGCUCGAAGGUAUUUACCCGAAUCCGCAUCUUAACAUCCAGACGAGCCAUCACGAGCCGAAAAAGGAAUCGCCCAUGCAUCACCUGGUUGUUCGUAAAUAUUCCAGCGUUUCCCGGCACGACAAGAAGGAAAACAACCAAUUGUCGCCGGUCAAAAAGCGUGUCAAGGAGAACACUCCACCCCACCAACGGUACAAUCGAAGCCACAUGUGCCCGCAGUAUCACGACAACGGCAGCAGCAGUGGCACGGCUGGGGCCAGCAGCAGCAACGCCGUUGCAUCGACCUCUUCGUCGUCCUCGUCGUUCUAUCAGCAGCAACAGCAGCAGCAGCAACAACAGCAGCAACACCAGCAACAGCAGCAGCAGCAAUCGCAGGUUGCUAGUGUCGGUGGUAAUCAGCAGAUGCAAGCUCCGCCGGUUCAGCAGGCACAAGCGCAACCGCAAGUGCCGGCACCACAGCACCAUCAUCACCAUCAUCAUCACUCGCAGCAGCAGCAGCAACCGCAGCUGGCCAGUGGAAGCAGUAGCAGCAGCCACCACAACCAUCAUCACCAGCAACAGCAGCACUAUCAGCCGGUGGAUUCCGGUUCCUCGAUUAGCGGCAGUGGAGCAGCCAAUGUACAAACACACCACUCUUCGUCCUCCACGUCGUCUUACGGCGGUGGUGGUGGUAGCGGUGGUUCAUCGAUAGUGAUGAGCGGUAGUGGUAACAUUCACCACAGUGGAGGCAGUAGCCACCAUCAUCACGGUGGCAGUGGACACAUCCACCACGGUCACAGUCACGGGCAUCAUGCUGGCCAUCACAGCAGUCACCAUGGGCAUGGAGGAAACGGAAGCUACAGUGGCAGCAGCAAGCAGCAGACGAUCACGAUCCACGACACGCCGUCCCCGACGGCCGUGAUCACCAUUUCGGACAGCGAAGAUGAAUCGCCGGAAGUGAAGCACAACACCGGGUCUUCUUCGAAGAGCUCGCACGCAUCCUCGAGCCAGCCGGCGGCUUGUACUCGCGGCACGCAUCAAUCGUCGUCCUGCCGCGGUGGUGGUGGAAACAACUGUGGUGGCAUUAAAACGUCAUCCUCCUCGUCGAACAUCGCCCAAAAUGCUGCUUCGGCCAACCUGCUUAGUGGAGGCUCGAGUGGACAUCAGCAGCAGCAACAGCAAUAUCCAUUGCAGCAUCAGCAACAACACAUGAGUGUUAUUAGCAGCGGUGGAAGCAGCAGUGGCGCUGGUGGAGGAUCCUGCAAUGCCAGUUCUGGUAGCGGACGCCAUCGAAAAUCGACCGCUGUUUCAUCAACCGCGACGGCGUGCGUGACCGUAGGUGACAGUGAUGGUGAAGGAGAACGACGUAGCCCCAAGCAUCAACCCAUCAAAUACGAACAGCAUGCAGGCCAGUCGCAAAAGAAACGCCUCCUUGCGAUGGCGCAGAACGAAUGCCUGUUGUUGCCCUCGUCCGGGGGCAGUGGUGGCCAACAAACGCUGCACGUUCCGAAGCAGGAACCGAGUGAAUUCGUUGCGUACGAAUAUCCUUCACAGCAGCAACAACAACAGCAGCAGAUGGACAAGCGCUCCUCUUGGGCUCCACCGACGAUGAGCUCUUCUUCAUCUUCUUCGCACUAUGGUAAUGGUGGUGGACAUAAGCGCGAAUCUUCUUCAUCGUACAUACCGUCGUCUUCGGCUUCGUCCUCGUCGACGAUGGCAGCGGCAACGGCUGCUGCCGCUGCUGCUGCAGCGGCUGCCAUUCAUCAGCAACAGCAGCAUCAAGGCAGCAGUGGAGGUUGCAGUGGCAGUUCCAUCGGCCACGCGCCUCCACCACAUGCCCACGCAAAGAGCACUCCCACCGGUGCAACAUCUUGGGGUCCUCCGACAGCAGCCGUCUACCGGCAGCAUCAACCAAGCGCCAAUACGCCACUCGGAAGUUCUCCUGGCGCUAUCCUGCAACAGCAUCAGCACCAGGCACAGCAACAGCCGGACAUCUACGCCCAGGGAGACAUGUACCGUCGAUCGGCGGUAUUCGUAUCUCAGGCUGCCCCGUACCAGACGGCGUACAAUCGUGUUGUGCCGCCGCCGGCCCAUAACGCAUCCAGCCGACAGGUGCGGAAGACUCCGCUUAGCAUGAGCUCACCGUACAUGCCGUCCAAGGACAGCACGCCAAGUACUGAGCGCUUCCCGUCUUUUCCGUUACAGGUUCUGCCAACGCACCCGCUGCCGGCACACAUCCAAUUCCCGACCGCCCAGUAUGGCCAGUUUGGGCCGCUAAGCCCGGCGCAGAUCGCGAACAAGCACCACUACGCCUGGUUCGGCGAAUAA